AUGUUCCAGGUGGGCUUCUACAGCCGCUAUUUCGACAUCAACACCGAGGAGUUUUUGGGCAAAAUCGUCUUGGCGCUAAACCCGUUGAAUCAUUCGUCGGCAAUGGCCGCUCAGGACGAACACGCAGAAACAGAGCUCUAUGGCUUUUUGUGGAUCAACGCGACGCUUGUUUUCCUCAUGUUUGUAUCAUCUACGGGGUCCAAUUUGUUGGCACUGUGGCUACAUUCAGAUGAGACAGAUGCACGGUACGAAUAUAAUUUCAAGCUUCUCACGUUGUCGAUCACACUCUUCUAUGGAUACACAGCUCUUGUUCCCGCAGCUUUCUACGCCUUGACGGCGUACUAUGUUGAGCUCAAGGAACGGUUGUCGAUGACGAGAUUGAUCUCGAUCUAUAGUUAUGCCAAUGUGCUCUGGAUCCCGUCUACGGUGGCAAAUAUCGUGUUGGCCGUUUUCGUGAGUAGGAAGACUCACCAGACUGUGCUUACCGUUUUGCAGUGGCUCUUUGUUGCCGCCAGUGCCGUUUUGAGUGGGUUGAGCAUUGUCUGGAAGGUGCGUCCCAUUAUCCAGGAAAAUCUAGCCAACGGAAACGAGGAGCAGGCCAAGAAGGCGAAGGUUCUUGUCGGGGUGUUGAUCGCCGUGCAUUUCAUUUUCGCUGUUGUGAUUAAGGUGUGUUUCUUUGGGAUUGCUUGA